CCAGGGCUGGCAGGGCUGGCCCUACUGCUUCUCCACCUCCAUUUUUUUCCCUUUUUUCCUACUCCUUCUCCUCCUUUAACAAUCAUCCAAACUGCUGUGCAGUGAUGGACAUGCAGACACAGCUCCUGAGCAACAAAGGAAUGCUUAGAAAGUCUUGACAAAUGCAUUUCUCUGCCUCUAGUGAGGGGGAAGCCCUUGUGUUUUGCUGGUCAAUAAAAGGACCCUCCACUGCUGCACUGACUGAGGUUUUCUGCUCUCAUCCUCUUUUUGCACUCACUGGUUGAGUGCAGUAGGACACUGAGGAUUUUUCUUUUUUAUACAUUUUCUUUUUCUCAGUUUUUCUCUUUUGAAAACCGGAACAGUGGCGACUUUUUCUAUAGCACGGUGCAAGGACCAGCUCCACUCACCCAAAAUGAGCCGCUGGCUGAAAUGCACCUCCAUGCACUUUAACACAGACUGGAACAAGUACGAUGAUCGGCUGAUGAAAGCAGUGGAGCGUGGAGAAGCGGACAAAGCUGCAGCUGUUCUCAGCAAGAAAGGCAUCAUCCCCACCAAGCUUGAUGUAGAAGGACGCUCUGCAUUUCAUCUGGCAGCAACACGAGGACAACUGGAGUGUCUCAGUCUCAUUCUGGGACACAACGUUGAUAUCACAGCAAGUGAUGCCACUGGCAAAAGUGCUCUUCAUCUGGCCUCGAGAAAUGGACACUUUGUGUGUGUGCAGAAACUGCUGCAGCACAACUGUCCAGUUGGAAAUAUGGACCUACAAGGACGGACUGCUUUACAUGACGCUGUUAUGGCAGGCUGCUGCUCCUCUGUGAAACUCCUCUGUGACAGUGGGGCCUCUGUGAAUGCCAGUGAUCAAGAAGGCAGGACACCUCUGAUUCUGGCCACACAGAUGUGCCAUCCACGCAUCUGUCAGCUGUUGCUGGAGCGGGGGGCCGACAUCACACACAGAGACAAACAGCACAAGACGGCUCUGAUUCUGGGCUGCGAGUUCGGCUGCAAGGAUGCAAUAGAGGUGCUGCUGAAGAACGGCGCUGACGUGAAGGCAGUUGAUUCUCUGGGUCACGAUGCGUAUCAUUACGCCCGCCUCAGCCAGAACCCCGAGCUCAUUGCACUUGUCAAAAGUUACCUGGAAAAAGCCACCAAAGAUCGGGAGGCUGCAAAGAUGGAGCAAUGGAAGCGACAGCAUUCAGUGGACAGAUCAGAAGCAGCUGAUGCCAGCCGACGAGACCUGUUCAUCCGUGAUCUAGAAAGGAAAAACGAGACCCUUCAGGAAGGCCUCUGGAAGUCCCAGCAAGAGCAGAAAUCUCUGUUGGAUAAAGUCAACUUGCUACAGCAACAACUGGCACAGGAAAAGAAGACGGUGGAAAAGGCCAACAAAGAGAGAGAAGACCUGAAGAUGCUGCUGUCAGUCAAAGACCGUGAGGAAGGAGGUCGAGGCUCAGAGACCGUCAAAGUUCAGCUCCGGAGUGCUUUGGGAGAGUACUCUGGACAAUCUGUUAUCAAAGGUAAAGAAAACAUGUUAGUCAAUCAAGCUCACAGCCUGGACACUGAUCAGAUGCUCCAGAAACCUGCUGUUUCACGAUCUGCAUCCAAAACCCUGGAGAGGAGUCAGACGGUGGGAGGCUGGGACCUCUCUGGUGAGGUGGAGGUUCUUCGACAUGAACUGGAAAAAGUCCGCAAAAGACAGCAGGCGGCAGAAGAGGAGACAACGAGGCUUCAGUCCGCCCUGAGCCGCAAAAGCAGAGAGUGCCAGGAACUGGUUCAGAGUCGAGAUGCCAUGCAGAAGCAGGCUGACCAGCAGGUUCAGGAGCUGGAGGACGCCUUAGGAGAUGUCCAGAAGAGGAUGCUGGAUUCAGAGUGUAAAGUCAAGCAGCUUCAGGCACACGUAGUGGCCAUGAAGGAACAUUUGGGAGGGCAAGCCACAGAAGAACUCCGAGCCCAGCUCCAGGAUGUGAAGGCAAAGUAUGAAGGUGCUUCAGCUGAAGUGGGUCGCGUUCGGAACCGUCUGAAACAGAGUGAGAAAGCUCUAGAAGAAUACAAGGGCAGCGAGAGCCAGUUGGCCACAGAGGUAGAAAGGCUGAAUCAGGAACUGGGGGGUUUAAGUGCAGAACGGGAUGAACUGGCAGAAGCCUUCUUGGAGAUGCAAGCUCAGCUCAGAGAUGCCCAUACAAAAUACGCCAACACGGUACCUGCUGAGAAGUUUGACAACAUGAAAAACCUGCUGACAAACGCAGUGGACGAGAAGGAACGGCAGCUGGCCGAGUUGAGAGAAGACUACGAUCGAGUGCUGGAAGAAGUGGCCGAGCUCCACCGAAAGCUGGACAGCCCGUCAUCCCAGGGAGGACCCGAGGUGAUCGCAGUCGAGGAGCAUCAAAGAAUCCGAGCUGCUCUGGAAGAACAGAAUGUCUCUUUGAAGAAAAAGCUGGUGGAUGUGACUGCAAAGAGUCAGAUUCUCAUUCAAGAGGUCAAGGACAAAGAUGUUCUGCGACAGCAGCUGGAGGAAGCCAACUCCAGGAUGGACCAUGACUUCAUACCCUUAAAAGACCACGAGGAGGUUCAAAAGAACAUGGUAGCAACUCUUGAGGACCUAAAGGACAAACUGGUCGAAACCAGUGAAAGUUGUGGAAGAGCAGAAGCACAAGUCCAGCAGCUUCAAACCGAGAGGGCCACACUGCAGGAGACCAUCAACCGCCUUCAAAGCACCAGUAACGGUCAUCAGAACGAGGUGGAGGCUCUGAGGUCAGAGAAUGCUCAACUCACAAAGAAAUUGGAGGUUGUGGAGAAGAAAUGUGAAGACAAGGAUAAGGAAUGUGAACAACUGGCGGCGCAGAACCAGACCCUGAAACAGAGCUUGGAAAUGCAGUACGUUCCCAGAGAGCAGCACGAGAAAGUGAGGGUGGAGCUAACUUCCACCUUAGAGAGUGUGAAAGCUGAGAGGUUGAAGUUGGAGGCCGGGAAAGUAGAAAGUGGAGAGGAGCUGAAGAAUGUGAGAGAAGAAAAUGACAAGUUGAAAGACCAGUUGGAAAAAGUGAUGUCAGACAUGAAGAGUAACCACGUUGGUGUUGAGGAGUUCAGGUCGGCCACUAGCAGGCUGAACGCUGCUGUGGUUGAGGCAGAGAACAGAGCAAAUGAAGCAUCAGCAAAGCAUGCCUUAGCUCAGGAAGAAAUACUGAAGCUAACGCAAGAGCUGGAAGCCCAGAAAAAAGAGCUUGACACCAUACAAGAGGCUAUUCAGUCCAAGUUUAUUCCACUAACUGCAGCCGAGGAGAAGGAGAACUCCUACAAUAAAGAGCUGAAGGAGCUGACAGAGAAGCUGCUGGAAAUGGAAGACAAGUACAAUCAAGAAAAGUCUGCCAGAGAGCACCACACAGAGGAGAAGCAGAAACUCCAAGCUGAGAUGGAAUCUGUCCAGCAGAGACUUGAUAACGCCCUAGCUGCAAGUGGAAAGCACAAAGGAGUGGAGGAAGAGUUCAAGACUAAAUACGAGGAGCUUACGGAGAAGUGGCUCUGUUUAGAGCAGCAGCACAAGGAGCUAACCCUCAAGAAGGCUGAUCUGGAGGCUCAGAGUGCCUUAUCAAACACUCAGGUUCAAAAUCUGCAGGAGCGGCUAAAAUCAGAGUUGACUCGGAUAGCCACGUACGACACGGAGCUCAAAUCCCUCCAUGAUGCCAUGAGGCAAGCUCAGGCUGACUGCAAGAAAGCAAGAGAGGCUCAGCAGCAGGAAGCCCAGCGAGUCUGUGCCCUACAGAAACAACUCCAGGAACUCCACAAGGAUCAAGCAUCCCUGCUGCAACAACAUGCCGAGGCCAAGGAGGCCUUGGAGGCUGAAGUGGCUAAACUUCAAACAGCUCUGGCUGAAGAGGAGGAGAACAGCACCCAGAGGGCUGAAGACGUAACCGCCCUGCAAUCUGAACUCCUGCAAGCCACACAGGCACUCGAUGAGAUCCGCUGUAAGGAAGAACAGAUGAACCAGCUGAAGACCAAGGAGCAACAACUGGAAGAGGAGCUCGCCAACCUGAACGGCAAGCUUCUGAGUCUGGAGAAGGAGCGUGAAGAGGCCUAUGAGGAGGCGGCGCAGGCCAGAGGGGGGGAGAGCCGGGCCAGGACGGAGAUGGAGGCCAUCCAGGAAAAAGGACGUGCAGUUGAAAAGGAAAUUAGAGAGCUGAAGGAGAGGUACGAUGAGUCACUCAGCACCAUCUGUGAUCUGCAGAAGAGAAUUGAGAUAUCCGCCCAGCAAACUGAAGCCAAAGACAAGAAGAUCACAGAGUUACUGACGGACGUGGAGCGGCUGAAGAAGGCCCUGAACGGCCUGUCCCAGCUGGCAUACACAAGCAGCUCACCUAACAAGAGACAAACGCAGCACGCCGACACUCUUCAAGCCCAGAUCAACAGCCUCCAGCAGCAGCUGGCUGAUGCUGAGAGGCAACACAGAGAGGUGGUUUCCAUUUAUCGGACUCAUCUUCUCAGUGCUGCACAAGGUCACAUGGACGAGGACGUGCAGGCUGCCUUACUACAGAUCAUCCGCAUGAGACAGGAGUUUGUGUGUUAAAGCUUCAAAUCACCUGCUGACUCAAUUCAUCUCUGUAGUUUGUUCUUACUGCUGCCCCAAGGGCCGCCCAGUGUGUGUGUGGGAAUGAGUGUGUGCGUCACAGACAUUGUUCUGAAAUCUGUUUUUUGUGUGUUUCUGUACAUUGAUUUCCAGAUAUCCAUGUUGUGGUUACAGAUGACUAACUGCAGCUUCCAUCAGUUUUUUUUUUCAACCUGAGCAGAAACAUAGGAAAUUUAUAAUUUAGGUCAUGUUCCAAACAGAAAAAAACAAACAUAGGACUCCAUAAAAGACUGUAUUUGUAAUUCACGUUACAAAUAGAAAAAAGUCUUUACUCUACCGUGAUGCAUUAUAUCCAGUGAUGUGGAGACACUAGUAAAUGUUCAGCUGUAAUGGGAACUGGACAUGAACACAAAGACUACUUUUCACAUUCCCACCUGAGACACUCAUGCAGAAUAUUUCCAUAUCCAACUGCAAUCUUUGCCUCACAUUAAAGGGCAGAUCCACAUUUUUAACUCGUGAUUUACAGGAAGAGUUUUAGUUAAGCUACCAUAAAUGAUUCUGCAAACACAAGACGUUUGUCAACAAUCAAUAAUAUAAAAUGUUAUCAGAGGAUGUUGAUACUGUCUAACUGCAGGGACCUCUAAAUAUUUUUGGACUCGUCUCAUCAGUUAAAGUAAAAGUACUAAAAACUAAAGUGUAUCAGCAGAUUAAAAUAGUUAGAAAUGUUUAGUGAGCCAUAAAUGGGCUCUUUAAAUAAAGUGUGUAUAUCUUUCUAUAUACACAGGAACAACUUAGAAAGGUUUUAAGUUUUGAUUCAUUUUCGUGCAGUAAGACUGUUUUAUUGUGACCAUCUUUGAUUUGACUUUUUCCUUUCAAAGUUACUAGGAUUUAAAAUCAAAUCUAAAGCUUUUUGUAGAUAUAUUAUUUAGGCUUGAAAGUAUUUCUUAUGUUUUUGACACACCUUCCUACAUUGAACUCCUUGCAGAGAGAGCUCUUUCUACAUUGUACUCCAUGAGAACACUAAAACAUGUGAAUCCUCCCUUUAGACCUUCAUACCUAUUGUUGGACUUCUGCUACAUUCUGCAACUUAAACUUGAUCUGAGGUUUGAUUCGGGUCCUCUAAAGGUCCAAUCUAGAUCCUAAGGUGGAUCCAAAAAUAAAAGCGUUUUCUUUUAAAUAAUACUGCGUUAGUCAGCCUGGAGAUCUCUGUCCUGAAGUUUGCAGUGGCACCUUUUUUAUUUUUGUUUUUUUGAACCAAGAGUGUCCUCUAGUGGUGGAACUUGGCAGGCCAAGUUGAUAGAAUUAGAAACCAUAGCAGCCCAGGGGAACGCCGCUGUUUUUGGAAGCGUUACUACAUGCCAGUGCUCGACAGCCAGGAAGCUGUUUGUAACUUCUAUUCAGUUGGGAAAAAAAUGAAUUGAAUGAAUUAAAACAAAUUCUGAAUUUUGACAUUUAAGAAUGCAGUGACUGCAGCAAUGAGCCUGGCAGCUCCUGUAAAGCAGCGUCUGCCCCCCUCCUUCACCUGAGUCUGCCCUGGUGUGACCCCUGACUGUGUGGUGGGAUUGUAACUGUUGAGCAAGUCUCUACUUUUCAUAGGUUUGUAUAAUUUUGAUACCAACAAAUCCGAUUUCAGCAGGUCUGGAGCACCAAAUUUCUGUUCUGGGGGAUUGGUUUUACCGAGGAACACCUGGCUGGUGUCUGAGCAGAAUGUUUUUGUGAUCCGAAGGCUUCUGUCUGCAGACCUAAAGGGUAACCGGUGGUUUUCGGGGACUUUUCUUUCUUUUUCCUGAUCUGUUAGGAAUCCACACAGACUCCUGUUAGGUUUCUAAAGACGUGUACUCUUUAACCAGUGUGUUGAAGCUGGCUGUUUUCUCUGGUAACAUGUUGUUAAUCAGUCAUUUAAAAAAUCAAUUAAAGUGCCUAACAUAGAAAACUA